AUGAUCCCUCAAAUCGUCCUCCUCGCUCUUGCCGCUAGCAUGGCAUCUGCCCAAACUCUUACGAUCCCGACUCGUUCGGGCAACGUCGUCUCUCUCCCCCGUCCCAGCACGAUCACUGGCGCUGUGGACAUGGGCAACAAGGAGUUCGACCGUGGCCGGCCCUGCAACACUGAUGCUGACACCGGCAAUGAAAACGCCGUCUUCAUCCUCGCAAACGGUGCUUCUCUCUCGAACGUCAUUAUCGGUGCCAACGCACUCGAGGGUAUUCACUGUCAAGGAUCCUGCACUCUGAGGAACGUCUGGUUCCGUGACGUCUGCGAAGAUGCGAUCUCCAUUAUCGGUCGCGGCAAUGCCGUUAUCACUGGUGGCGGUGCCAGCGGAGCCCAAGACAAGAUCAUCCAGCACAACAAUGUUGGUACCGUUACUAUUCGCGGCUUCACUGCCGUCAACUCCGGAAAGCUCUACCGGUCCUGCGGCGACUGCACCGACAAUUCGUCUAAGAGCCCUCGUCACGUCGUUGUUGAGAACGUCCGCGUGAAUGGCAUAACCACGGACCUCGUCGGUAUCAACAGCAACUUUGGAGACACUGCCACCAUCAGCGGAAGUUGCGGAUCCGUUAAGGGUAGGGUCUGCCAGGAGUGGACGGGUGUUAACAAGGGCAACGGUAAAAGCACAAAGCGCGACAGAGAUGCCAGCUGCCUCGGUGCUCAGGGCAAGAUGAUCCAGCUCCCAGCUUGUUAA